GCCAUCCGGAGGCUGCUAAGAUGGGACAGCUGGGACCAGCGCUCAGCAGGUGGCAGAAGGGUGUGAGCCUUAAAGAUGUUUAAGUCAUAGACUGGUACGGGCUCAGUGAAGAGAAACCGGGGGUCUGGGGUGACCCCGAGAGAUCUGAAUCUGGAGGGAAAAGGUGGACCUCUGGUCUGCCACCCAGAAAGAGAAGCAGCCGCUGAUGGGGUGAGGGGAGUGGGUGCAGCACUUUAACCUGAGGAGCAGGAAGGGAGGGAAUCUGGGAAUUUGGGGGCGGGGCCUAAGGGAAGGAGCCCCAGGGAUCGCAGGACUGGCCGGGCCAUACAUCCCACCGUGAAUCGGUGAAUCGGACCUCCCUCCCGUUUCCCCAGAACCCCCCCUCCCCCCGGGGAUCGCCACAGGGAGGAAGUGUCCCACAGGCCAAGGGAAGUCCUGGAUGUGGCCGGCCCGCUGUUGCAAAAACCGCAAAGGGACCGAGGGAGGAAGGAGGGACGGUCACCAGCCGGCCGGUGGAAGCGUCCUUGGGAAGAGGGGCCGGCGCCUACUGGCGCGGGCAAGUCUUCGUUUCUCGGCAGGUGAGCACCUGCGGAUCUGCCCCCAGGGCUACACCUGCUGCACCAGCCACAUGGAGGAGAACCUGGCCAACCGCAGCCGGGCUGAACUGGAGACAGCCCUCCUGGACAGCGGCCGCGCCCUGCAGGCCACACUCACCACCCAGCUGCAGAACUUCGAUGAUCACUUCCAGCACCUGCUGAACGAGUCGGAGCGGGCGCUGCAGGACACCUUCCCCGGCGCCUUCGGGGAGCUGUACACGCAGAGCGCCAGGGCCUUCCGGGACCUGUACUCCGAGCUGCGCCUCUACUACCGCGGCGCAAACCUGCACCUGGAGGAGACGCUGGCCGAGUUCUGGGCCCGCCUGCUGGAGCGCCUCUUCAGGCAGCUGCACCCGCAGCUGCUGCUGCCCGACGACUACCUGGACUGUCUGGGCAAGCAGGCCGAGGCGCUGCGGCCCUUCGGGGAGGCCCCGCGCGAGCUGCGCCUGCGCGCCACCCGCGCCUUCGUGGCAGCUCGCGCCUUCGUGCAGGGCCUGGGCGUGGCCAGUGAUGUGGUCCGGAAGGUGGCCCAGGUGCCCCUGGGCCCGGAGUGCUCGAGGGCUGUCAUGAAGCUGGUCUACUGCGCGCACUGCCUGGGGGUCCCCGGCGCCCGGCCCUGCCCUGAUUACUGCCGCAAUGUGCUCAAAGGCUGCCUGGCCAACCAGGCCGACCUCGACGCCGAGUGGAGGAACCUUCUGGACUCCAUGGUGCUCAUCACCGACAAGUUCUGGGGCCCGUCGGGUGCGGAAAGCGUCAUCGGCAGUGUGCAUUUGUGGCUCGCAGAAGCCAUCAACGCCCUCCAGGACAACAGGGAUAUGCUCACAGCCAAGGUCAUCCAGGGCUGUGGGAACCCCAAGGUGAACCCCCAGAGCUCUGGGCCUGAGCAGAAGCAGCGCCGGGGCAAGCUGGUGCUACAGGAGAGGCCCCCCACGGGCUCACUGGAGAAGCUGGUCUCCGAGGCCAAGGCACAGCUCCGAGAUGCCCAGGACUUCUGGAUCAGCCUCCCGGGGAUGCUGUGCAGCGAGAAGAUGGCCAUGAGCACCGCCAGUGACGACCGCUGCUGGAACGGCAUGGCCAAGGGCCGGUACCUCCCGGAAGUGAUGGGUGAUGGCCUGGCCAAUCAGAUCAACAACCCUGAGGUGGAGGUGGACAUCACCAAGCCCGACAUGACGGUCCGCCAACAGAUCAUGCAGCUGAAGGUCAUGACCAACCGGCUUCGCAGCGCCUACAACGGCAACGACGUGGACUUCCAGGAUGCCAGUGACGACAGCAGUGGCUCGGGCAGCGGGGAUAGCUGCCCCGACGACCUCUGUGGCCGGAGAGUCAGCAAGAAAAGCUCCAGCCCACGGACGACCCUGACCCACGCCCUCCCGGGCCUGUCAGAGCGGGAGGGCCAGAAGACCUCCGCCUCCGGCUGCCCCCGGCCCUGCGUGUCCCUAAUGCUGCUCCUCUCCCUGGUCCUCUCGGCCGCCAGGCCCACGUGGCGGUAACUGCCGCAGGCCCCAGGGACCGAGGCCAAGAACUGACUUUGCCAAAACGCAAAACAGACGAUAUUUAAUUCUGCUGGGCCUAGAGGCCCGGGGGCAGGACAGGGAGGGACAGUGAGGGGCCCCGGCUCUGGGACUGUGCUGGGGUGGGGCAGGGGGCCCUGGUCCUGCCGGCCACCCUGGCUUUUAAUUUUGUAUGAGGGCCUCAGGUCAGCCGGGAACAAUGUCCCCAAAAGCCAUGUAUUUCAGGGACCUGGGGGAUGCCGGUGGCCACCUCCCGCCUGCCUGCCCGCACCUCUCCCCCAGCUCCCCGAGCAGCGUCCCACUGGAGAGUGCGAGCCUGUGCCUUCCUCUCCUGCCUCCUCCUGCCGAGAACUUCCGGGCUCCGUGUGUCAGAAAGCAAAGCCCACCCCUGGAUGCCUAAGAAUCCCUGGGAGGGCAUCAGGGUUUCUGCCAUCCAGGGUCUAGCAGGGGCUUUGAGAUUAUGCAUGAACCCUUCUGACUCCGCCAGGCCCCCGUGAUGCCGUGCCCCCCCCAACCCCGCCCCCCGAGGCCCUCAGUGUCAGGGCGGCUUCUGACUGGGAAGGCACCCUUGCUGAUGAGUCUGUCCGGACUUUUUUCUCGCCAAGGACUGGCUACGAGGGUCUGGGGCACACAGAUGGGCCGCUAUGGGCACGGCCUCGCCACUUCCGGGCCCCGCCCUUGGUUGGCCUUCACGCGAGGCUGGGGGUGCCGGUCCUGGCCAUCCCGGGAGAGCAGGCUGGGUGCCCCCUUCAAACACGGGCCCCACACCUGCAUGGGGACUUGCGGCCGCGUGCAGGAGCUGCCUGCCCGUGCCCUGCCUCUCACCGCCCCCAGGCCUGUGGCCCCCAGCUCGAGGUGGGGCAGGCAGGGCUGGAGGUGACACAUGGCCACAGGACGCAGGGAGGCCAGUGAAACUUGAGCCCGGCCAGGAGGCCUGGCCCUUCUGACCCCACCAGCUGCAGGGGGCCCAGGAGGGGGCUUUGACAGUUAAGGGCUUUUCCAAACUUACAUACAUUCACAGACGCUAUCCACCUGUUCACCCAGAGCUGCUUUUCAGCUACUCCCAGAGCUUGGAGGCACCUGGGCUUCCCGGACCUGGGCGCACCCCUGCUCACUCGGGCUGUCCAGGCCCGGGACCCUGCCAUCCUCCCUCCCUCCUGGGCCCUAGCUGCUGUGGGUCCUGGGGAGGGGGCUGGACCCUGCCAGAGAGGGGCUCAGGCAAGGGGACCCUCACGGGUCUGUCGGAUGCUGAGCCCUGUGGCCGGGCACAGCAGUCCUAGCCAGCACCGGGACCCGACAAGGCCAUUUCGAGCUGCUUUGCCUUGCGUCCUGCGCUGGUCAGGGCCCCCAGCCUGUGCCCCGCCGGGCAGCGCUCCCCCACGGGCACCCCCACCUCGUGAUAACUCUGCUCUUGCCACCCCAGAGGGCUGGGCUUGGGGCCUCCUUCCCAGCAGGCAAAGGCCAGCUGUACUCUCGGGGGCUCUGGGGCAGCGGCCGCCCACGUGCCCAGAUGGCUGCCUUGGCCGCGCGUGGGCGUCCCCACCCUGUGUGCCUCUCUGGAGGGGGUGGCCCCAGCACAGUUGCUGGCCGGGCCGUAGCCAGGCCUGCUGUGUCCCCCUGCACGGCGUCACCUGGCGUCACAUGCUCUUGAGUCCUUGUACGAAUAAAAGGUUGGAGAGCUCGUG